AGCAGUUACGUAGAAGUGAAGUUGACUGAAUACGUGGAAUUUUCAGAACUGGACUGGUUCGGUAAUAUCUUUUUGUUCGUUUUCAAAUGCAUAUUUGUUACUCUAACUUCUCUCUUCUUAUCACUCGUACUAUAUCUUUGUUUUUUAUCGAAAUUAAUUAUCUGAGGCCUAAAUAAAUAGUCCUGUUGUGUUUAACCUAUAUGUCAUCAUUCAUGUUUAUUACGUGAGCCUAACUUCAUUCUUUGAUCCACAUUAGAUUAAUCGACUACGUUAGAAAGAUAUCUAUUAUUGGCACUACUAACAACUGAAGUAACCUACAUUGAAUACAUAAUUUUCAUAAACCAGUUCAUAAUAAGCCACUUGUAUUCAUACUGGUUGGGAUAUUUGUACUAUCUUACUAAUUUGUACAAACUUCAUGAAAUGUACCUUGAUCAAGUGAUACUGCCUCGAUUCACCUUUUUGUUUGUAUCAUUACUAUCAAUAUUUAGGAAACCUAGAUUAACUGUUUCGUAUCGAUCGUUUUUUAAAAUUCUCAACUCAAAAAUAAAGUGCUGCUCCGUAAAUAUUAAUUUGUUUAUUAUAUUAGUCAUACUGUUAACUCUUUCAAAAAAAUUUAAUGAGUAAUAAAAAUCAGUCAAGACAUUAGCUACACCCUAACAAUCAUGAACAACUUAGAACCUGGCACAAAUGCUCAUUUUUCCAAGUUGCCACAACAGCAGCGCAGCGAUAUGUAAUUGAUAAAAUGACUACUAAAGUUGUGGUGGUAGUAGUAGUAUAAGCGAUAAUACAAAAAGAUUAAAAUUAGAGAAUAUGAUUCUAUGAAAUAAUGUCAAGUUUCCAUCUGAGGAUAGACAAAGGAAAGUUAUUUCUGCACCCCUCCGACCUAUUAUAUCACAUAUCUACAACCAUUGUUCACUGUUAUCACCGUAUUAUCGGUUGGGGUUAAUAAUGUUAAAACUGACUACUGAGAACUGCCAUGUCGAUUCAGUUAAUCUGAUAAAAUAUUGGCUAUGAUUGACAAGGUCGAAUUUUACUGAUGAUAUUUAUCGUAAAAUAUCGAGCAAAUAGAUUUUAGAAGACAGAAGUACUAGAUGACUUAAAAAGUCUGUGGUUAUACAUGUUAAGGAAUCAAAACUAUUAUGUAUCUGUACAAAGCAUUUAACCCAAGUAGUAUGCCUGUUAGUUACUCCGUAUGAAAUAUGUUCAAUACACUGAUUACUCUAUCGUAUAAAACUAUCUAUAAUUCACCUGUUUAACUACUAAGCAAACUGGGAUCUGUUAAAAAACAAUUGUUUUUUUUAGAUUUAUAGCUUUGCAUAACGGACUGAAUUUAGUUUGAUAACAAUUGAAAAUAAGAGGUGCUGGAUAGUUGUUUCAUCCCAGCAUAGGACUCCUUAGUAGUGCACAUCCAUAGUUCUACCAGGGAUCGACCUCAGGAAUUUCAGGUCUCAGGGUGAGACAUUAAACCUUCAAACGAUGGAGUUGGAAUCCAUUAGUUUACGUCUCUAACUUCAGUCAAUUGGCGAAAUUCUGAGAUCACUAUCCAUUGACACUGGUGACAUUUGUCUCAUACUCAAUAUAAUUGAAUUUCAAUGGUUAUUACUAUUUCAUAGGACUCCAGGAAUCGGCUCUCAAAGUUAAUCCCUAGUAAGCAUAACCAACAAUAUCUUUCUGAUUGAGGUUUUUUCUUCACUGUUAGUGACCAUUAUGAUUAGUUGGUUUCCCGUUUUUGUUUUACAGAUCACAGAAACAUGUAUAAUUGUUCAAAUCUGGAAACUUUAUUUCAAAAUGAAGAAGAACUAAAAUCGAUUAUUAUCAAACUAGUUCGUUCUGGUGAUAUUUCCAAAUUAAAAAUAUUAUUUCAAUUAGUCAAUGCAAGUGACUCUUCUUGUAUGAACCAAUGGUGUUCAAGUAAACUUGCGGAGAUUAAAGAUAAUAAACAGCGUAAUUUAUUGCAUAUUGCUUGUAAAUAUGGGCAUAAAGAAAUGAUUGAGUAUCUUGUUCACAAGUUACGGUUACCAGUUACAAAAGUCGAUCAAUCUGGUAAUAAUCCUGGGCAUAUUCUACUAAUCCAUGCUCUUAAAUCAAUUAAAGCAAAUUAUAGAAAGAAACGACGAAGGAAUUCCAAAUGUACCAUAAAGAAUUAUAUUGAUUGUUGUGAAUUAUUAAAAAUUGUUUUACACAAACACUCGAAUCUUCUCACUAUAUCAAAUAAAAAAGGACUAAAAGUGAUCGAUUUAUUGCAGGAAUUAUGGAAUUAUUCAUCAAAAACGGAACGAGAAAUCGGUGAUAACAUUUUAAAAUGUAUUUUAUCCGGUGAUAACAGCUACAGUAAUACUCCGAAUAUCCACAAUAAUAAUCAUCCAGCUUCGUCGUCAUCCUCUUCAUCAUCACGCCUAUUCAAAAAAACAGAUUAUAAUGAUGAAAUGAGUUCAUUUUUAUCAGAUUCAGAUGAGGCAAACAAUUCAUCAAAUGAAUGGGAAGAUUAUUUUUCAGGUUUUUCUGAUGAACGAUACAUAUCCCAUUUGGAUAGUAUCAGAGAGGAAUUUGAACAUCGUAAGCGAACUACCAGUGUACCUCAUAAACCACCAAAAUACCAACAACCGCAAAACAAAGAAAGUAAAUACACUGAAUUCUAUGGAACAUUUGAAGCGGCUGAAGAAUUAUCAGCUGCAAGAUUGUUAAAACAGAACUCAAGGCAGCAUCUUGUCGAAAACUCUUAUGAAACUUACCUAGAGAAGUGGAAACAGUUCUUAAACUCAGAUCAAAGUACUCUUCUAAAUUAUAAUGAUAUACUGUGGCCUCCCUUCUGCACAGUUACCCAAAUAAAUUCAUCAGAAUCAACGCACAUUGAGAGUAUUUUGGAAUUCGUUCAAUAUUCUAGUCAGUCAUUACGUCAAUUACAAGUUGAUUGGCAUCCUGAUAAAUUUUCUGGACGUUUUGGAACACGUUUUAAAUCAGAGUCUGUAAAAAUAAAAGUUAUGAAACGUGUUGUAAAUAUAUCUCAACUUUUAAAUAAAGCUACUGAUUAUUUACGCAACAAAAAUGAAGCUAAAUAAUCAAGAAAAAGUCGUUUGUUGUGGUUUAAUUCAUUGCUUCAUACAUAAUUCGUUUCUCUAAGGGUAAUAUUGAAGACGAGAAUUCGGGACAAAUAGAAUAAGAAUAAUUUGACUAUAUGUAAGUUAAUUCUAAUUCAAAUAGGAUUCUGGACGAAACAGGGCCCAGAAUUCAUGAUUUUCUUAUCGUCUAUAUGCUUGGACUUUUCGUUCCAUGUGGUUCC